AUGGCGUCAAUAGAAAUGCACUCGUUCACACGCGAUAUGCAGCCGCUAAUGGAGGAAGCGGCUAAUAAUUUCACUGAGGAAAAAGUGAAUACCGCAUUCGGACAGGUGAAAGUAUCGAUUUAUGGAGAUCGGAAAGAUCCGAAGAAGGUUCCGAUGAUCACUUUCCAUGAUUUGGGUCUUGAUUCUGAAAGCAACUUCCAAAACUUCUUCCAAUUCGUAUCGAUCGCCGAGUUCGCCGACAAAUUCUGCAUCUACAAUGUCAACGCACCUGGACAGGAGAUGGAUGCUCAACCACUUCCAGAGAACUACCAAUACCCAACGAUGGACGGCGUGGCGAAGACAAUCGAAAACGUGGCAGAUCACUUCAAACUGAAUCAAUUCAUCGGAUUCGGUGUCGGCGUUGGAGCGAACGUCCUUCUGAGAUAUGCGGCACAGAAUCAGAAUCGUGUGAUCGCUUUGAUUCUUGUGAAUUGUUGUUCUGGCAAGUCAGGAUGGGUCGAGUGGGGAUACGAGAAAUGGAAUGCGUCGUAUCUUCGUAAAGUUGGAAUGACAAAGUUCACGGUGGACUACUUGAUGUGGCAUCACUUUGGAAGAAAUUAUGACAGAUGCAGUCCGGAUAUCGUUCGCCAAUAUCGUGUCUUUUUCCAACAUUUGCCGAAUCCGAAUAGUCUUGCGGCGUUCAUUGAAUCAUAUAUCCAACGACAACCCCUCCCGAUUUCUCGUGACGGAACCACCGGUGUCCAGUUGAAAGUUCCCGUUUUACAACUCGUCGGAGCGGGAAGUGCUCAUAUUGAGGACACUGUCGAGGUUAAUACAAAGUUGGACCCCGCCAACGCUGACUGGAUAAAAAUCUCGGAUUCGUGUGGCUUGGUAUUGGAUGACCGUCCGGAUGCUGUCACGGAGAGCAUGAUGUUGUUCUUGCAAGGUCUCGGAUACUUCCCGACACUGAAUGUGAUGAAAAUGACGAAGAAAAUGCAGGAGAAUGGUGGAGGAUUUGCGGCGACGACGAGCAGUGCUAAUGAGUGUUAA